UAUCUACAGAGGCUCUCACCCAAAACCACAAUCCCCAAACAUCCGAAACCUCCUUCUCUCCGACUCGAGACAUGGCCACCAGCGCAGAUCCAGCUCCGACGAAGAAAUCGAGGAACAGCCGCAAGGCGUUGAAGCAGAAGAACGAGAUCGCGACGACGGAGACUCCGCCGUCCCCAGUCUCCGCCAAGGCGAAAUCGGCGAAGUCGUUCGAGAAAGAUCUGAUGGAGAUGCAGGCGAUGAUGGAGAAGAUGAAGAUCGAGAAGGAUAAGACGGAGGAGUUGCUUAAGGAGAAGGACGAGAUUCUGAGGAGGAAGGAGGAGGAGCUUGUGACGAGAGACGCUGAGCAGGAGAAGCUCAAGACGGAGCUCAAGAAGCUUCAGAAGAUGAAGGAGUUCAAACCUAACAUGACGUUUGCUUGUGGUCAAUCUCUCACACAAGCUGAGCAAGAAAAGGUGAACAAGAAGAAGAAGAAGAAGAAGGAUUGUCCGGAGACGAAGAGACCGUCGUCAUCAUACAUACUGUGGUGCAAGGAGCAAAGGGAUGAAGUGAAGAAGCAGAAUCCUGAAGCUGACUUCAAGGAGACUGCGAACAUUCUUGGCGCUAAGUGGAAGUCUCUUAGUGCGGAAGAGAAGAAGCCUUACGAGGAGAGGUACAAGGUGGAGAAGGAAGCUUACCUCCAGGUGAUUGCCAAGGAGAAGCGGGAGAGAGAGGCCAUGAAGCUUCUGGAUGAUGAGCAGAAGCAGAAGACUGCUAUGGAUUUGCUUGAUCAGUAUCUCCAGUUUGUGCAGGAAGGUGAACAGGACAUCAAGAAGAAGAGCAAGAAGGAGAAGGAUCCUUUGAAGCCAAAGCAUCCCAUAUCUGCCUUCCUGGUUUAUGCUAACGAGAGGAGAGCUGCUUUACGCGAAGAGAACAAGAACGUUGUAGAGGUCGCAAAGAUGACCGGUGAAGAGUGGAAGAAGUUGUCGGAUAAAGAAAAAGCACCCUACGAAGAGGUGGCAAAGAAGAACAAGGAGACAUACCUGCAAGCAAUGGAGGAGUACAAGAGGACGAAGGAAGAAGAGGCCAUGAGCCAGAAGAAAGAAGAAGAGGAGCUCUUGAAACUCCACAAACAGGAAGCUCUCCAACUGCUUAAGAAGAAGGAGAAAACCGACAAUCUGAUCAAGAAGGAGAAAGAGACCAAGAAGAAGAAGAACGAAAACGUUGACCCAAACAAACCCAAGAAGCCUGCUUCGUCAUUCAUCCUCUUCAGCAAAGACGCAAGGAAAGCUUUGACAGAAGAACGUCCAGGGACGAGCAACUCAACGGUCACCGCUCUAAUCUCAGUGAAAUGGAAGGAAUUGGGUGAAGAAGAGAAGCAAAGUUACAACAACAAAGCAGCAAAGUUGAUGGAAGCAUACAAGAAGGAACUUGAAGAUUACAACAAGAAGAGUGCUGCGGCUACUACCAGUAGUUAGAAGAAUAUCUCUCUCUCUUUGAAAUUGAAAUAAUGUUCAAGUCCUGUUGAACAUGUGUCUUUUUAUGCAUUUUGUUAGAAUCUGAACUCAAAGUGAUUUCUAUAAAAUGGUUACUAGGUUUUAUU